ACAGCGAGGUGGAGGGAGGGGAAGGGCCGCAGAAACGUCAAACUACUUCACUUGAAGCAAGAUGGAUUCUAGUACAUAGUGUUGAUAAUCUUUUUUAAUUAGCUGUCUUCUGUAGUGUUUCACAGCUCUCGUAACAUAACAAUGGACUCUAACAUUAUGGAGACAAUAGAGGAAUUCAUGGAAAGUGCGUUGGUGCAAUGGGUACGUCAUUUAUCAUUUAUCACUUCCAGUUAGAGAAAAGGUCAUCAUUUCUAGAGGCAGAGAGAGGAGAAUAAAACAGGCGGAUUAUGUGGAAACUGUGUAGAAAUCCGCUUUGGACAAUGCAGUAAAACAUUAUUUCUAGUCACAGAUACUUAUGACAUUGUAUCUUUUAGAGAAGCCUUCUUUCCAUUUCUAUUCACCCAAAUAAUAGUAAAAGUAAGAGUUGAAUAAACAGCAAAAUACAGCCUUGAUACUGAUUUCUGUUUUGUAGCUACAGCAAAACAAACACCCUACUUCUCCUUUUGGCAGCUUCCCUUGCCUCUUAAUGACCAGUUGUUCUUCUUCUCCUAAGCAUUGACACUUCCGUGUCCUUGGGCUUUUAUCUACUGUGUAUUCAAGAGAAUAUAGUCUCACUCAAUUCAGAUGAGGAUUUGUUGUAUUUGUAACAGACUGAAUUUCCAGCUGGAUUUUCCACAUGGGAAACCAAUCAGCCCAAGGAGAUUUUCCCCCGAUUCUGGUCAAUGAACAGUAUUUAGAUAUACUGUAAUGUGAUACUGUGCUGAACCUUGAAGGGAUAUUUUCUUUGUUGUUGCCCUACUCCAAAGAGGGGGUCAGAGGUGAGUUUCAUCAGGAAGCCUGCAGCUGGCAGGGCUUUACUAUUUGCUCAAGGGCACUUCAGCAGGUUGAUUAAUCACUGAGCUUUCACCCUGCUUCACAAUAUGUUGGACAUCCGCACCCUGUUCACACUGUCGCACAGUGUCUCAAGCUGCUCUACCUCACCUUAUCAGCUGAUCCAACUGGAGCUUGUUACUCUGUUAACCGACAGUGCAGUUUUUAGAAGGUGCAGGUGGGAAUAAACCUCAUUAUAUUGCAGUUUGCAUUGGCACAGCUCUUCUUAGCAGAGAGAGACCUUGGCUGGCGUCCUGCUUGGCUGCCUGUCACUGUGAAGUGCUUCCCAGUGUGGGAGCACAGAGCCCACCUGUCCAGACAGGUGCACCGACUCAAGCAGCUUCCUGUGUGAAAAUGUUUGCACCUCUCCAUCUCCCUCCUUGUCUCUCUCUCUCUUACCUUCUUUCUAUUCCUGUCUUCCUUGUCCACCUCCUGGUACAUACUCAUUGGCCACACUAUUGGCCACACACACACACAAUCUCUCCCUGUCUCUCACAGGUUCAGCUGUUUGAAAAGAUGGUGGAGAGGGAGGACGGCUUCCCGCUUUACAGCCAGUACAUGGAAGUCAACUCAAUUUCCCAGAGUGUCCGGGAUCGUUACAUGAGGCUGACCAAUGGGAUUUUCCUCAAUGAGAUCAUGAGGGUCAUCAAAUGUUUGCAUGCUGAAGUAAGAUGGUGAACUAGAGACCCGAACCCCAAGGUGGAGCGUUUGUACAACAGCGAGCGAGAUGAUCACAUGCUGAGAGUCCAGAACUUUUCGAUAUUAACUCGACACAUCAGAGCCUUCUACCAGGAAGACCUGCAGCAGUUAAUACUGAUGCCUCUCCCAAACGUUGCCAUUCUGGGGCAGGACCCCCUAACAGAGGCAGCCGUGGAAGAGCUCCGACGACUUCUGCUGCUCUUACUAGGAUGUGCUGUGCAGUGUGAGGAGAAGGAGAUGUUUAUCCAGGAGAUCCAGUCUCUGGACAUUGAGACCCAGGCAGCCAUUGCCAGCUGUAUCCAGCAGGUGACUCAGGAUCCUCGCACGGUGCUGCCGCUGAGGUGGGAGGAGCUGGUAGAGGUUGAAGGUGCAGACUUACAGCUGGUGUUCAGCUCCAUGGCCAAACAGAUCCAAAGCCUGCUGGCACAGAGAGACACACACCUUGAGAGGAUAGCAGAGCUGUGUCGGGAGCGGGAGAACCAGUCUGACUCAACCACGGUGCCCCUGGGUGGUCACAGCGAGGAGCCACCCCAAAGUCUGGCUCUCCAGCUGGCAGACAGCAAGGCCAAACUCCGCCGCCUUAAACAACAACUGGAAGAUAAAGGUGAUCAGAUAUUGGAUAACAACCUGGAGAUUCAAACCAUGGAGGAACAGAUCAAGAAACUUCAGAAAGAGAAUCGUUCUCUGCAGGGUGAAGUGAGGGGCAUGCGUGCACUGCGGGAUGAGCUGGACUGCGCCCGAGAGCGAGCUGCGCGGGCUGAGCAGCUCCAGACUGAGCUUCAGAGCUGUAAACACAGAUUGCGCAGCCUGGAGCUCACACGGACUCAGCUGAAGGAGCAGCAGCAGCUGUGUGCAGCGCUGCAGGAGACCAAAGUUCUUCUGGAAGAACAGCUGGCCAAUGCACAGGCACGCUGCUCCUCACUAAGAGAGCUUGAGAGGGACAAUCUUCUGCUGCGUCAGAGAAUCAUAGACGUGGAAGCGGAGCAGGACACCGAGAGGCAGCGAGUUGAUGAGCUGCUGGAGAUGAACAUGAGCCUCGAGGCGGACCUGAGGCACUGCUGCAGCAGCGGCAGUGUUCCCGCUCCAGUUGCUGCGGUUCACCAACGUUUCCUCCAAUCAGAACUGGACUCUGACGAGGAGCUAAACGAAAUGAUUGAUCAGAAGCCACUGAGUGUGGAGGUGGGCGAGGCUUCGACGCUGAUGCUGCUGGGAGCGGAGCAGGAGAACGCAGAGCUGAGGAGACGACUUGAGGAGCUGCAGGCCCAGCAGGAGGCUGAUUCUCCAGAUGCAAAGGAUGAGCUGGCUUGCCUGGAAAUGGAGCAUCAGAACACACUCAGAGAGUUUCAAAACUUGAAGAAUGACAAUGCCACUUUGAAGCAGCGCCUUGAAGAGCUGGUGACCAAACUGCAACACUUAGAAGACAAAAAGAAGGAAGGAGUGAAGAUGCCAGACAGAGAGGAGGAGGAGAAGGUGGAGAGAGGAGUCCAGGGCUCUGAAUCCUGCAGGGGAGAAGGGGAAGGAAGGGUGAGGGUAAUGGGGUUGAGGGAGAGAAGAGGAGAAAUCAUUGGGACCCAGAGGGAAGCAGGCGUUGGGGAAGAGGUUGUCCAUGUUGAAGGGGGAAAAGAAGAACCAUGCGAUGAGGAGGCUGAGUCCAAAGGAAGAGGAGAGGCAGAGGGAGGGCAGAAGGACAAAGAGAAAAAGGAGAAAGAAAGAAACAUAAAGAAAGAUCAUACUGCAGUAACAACAACAAGCUCAGAGAUCCAAAACCACUCACAAAGUGUAGAAGAUAAUACAGAGACCACAGCUGUAGUGCAGGCUGUUUGUCCACUGUCUGUUCCUGAUGUAGAGCUUCUGGCAAAGCACCUCCAGGAUGCCCAGGAAGAGGCUGACAGACAGGCAAUGGUGGCCCAGGACCUGCGCUCCAAACUGGGGGAGCAGAGCAGAAAAACCUGGGAGGCUGAGCAGAGGCUGGUGGUUCUGGAGGCCGAGCUGCAGCGACUGAAGAGAGCUGCCGAGAGUCUGGGAGAUGCCCGCAGGCAGAUAGAGGUUCUUCAGUCGGAGGGUCUGGUUAUGGAGGAGGAGCUGUGCCGCUUGCGGAGCCAAGUGGGGCUUCACAGGAUGCAGUCCACAGUCAUCGCCACCCUGGAGGGAGAGCGGGCCGCACUGGAGAGAGACAGGGAUACGCUACGCAGCACCAUGGACGCCCUGCGCACCGCCUACCGCAAGAGUGACCAGUUAGAGCUCACCACUCAGACUCUCAGGGCAGAGGUCGAACGACAAGUUCGGAGUUUGGAGACUUCUCGACGUCGGGAGGAGGAGCUGGAGGCAGAGCUCCGCGAGGCCACCGUGGAGGCCGAAUCUAUGGCCCGGGCGCGAGACCAGGCGCUGCUGGAGGUGUCAAGGCUGGAGCAGGAGAAGGAGGUGUGUCAGUCGGAGCUGGACGGCCAACGGAAGGAGGGGAGGCAGAGAGAGAGGGAGGCAGCGAGGCUCAGGCAGCAGCUGGAGAGCACAACCCUGGCCCUGGAGCACAGCAACCAGAGAGCUCGGGCUCUGGAUGCUGAACACAGACGUGCGGGUCAGCAGCUGUCUGAAUCCAAGGAGCUCUGCACUCGGCUGCAAGACCUGGAGAAGGAGCUCAGCACUCGAUUAACCAGCAUGGAGGAGGGUAAACAGCAGCUGCAGGAGCAGCACGCAGAUGCUCAGGCCAAGAUUAGCUCACUGUCCCAGGAUCUAUCCAAUGAGCAGGCACGUUCUCAGAAACUGUCUACUGAAGUCGAACAUCUGAGCCAGAAACUGCAAAACGCUGAAGCUGAACUUAAGACAACAACCGAUUAUCUCAACCAAUCACAGGAGAGAAUAGAGUCGCUCUCCAAGUGCCUUCAGAAAAGUGAAUCUCUUCUCCAUUUGGAAAAGAGAAGAGGAAGUGCGGAGGUGGACGCUACGUCUAAUUCAAAAUCAGAUUCAUCAAACAAAAAUCAUAUUUGUCACACAAACACCCAGGAGACGUCACAUCUGGAUCAAUCCCUUGCAGCUGGCAAAGGUCGACACCUUUCCAUGACGCAUGACUAUGCCACAGGAGAGACAGAGAGGCAGCUGAGUGAGAGGUUGAUAGAGCUGGAAAGAGAGAAAGCAGUGGCGGUUGCAGGACAGGAGGCUUUGCUGUUGCGACUGUCUCAGUCCCAGGAGGCGUGUGAGCACCUGAAGGAGCAGCUGGAGGGUCUGCGCCGGCACUCCCUCAGCCUGCAGGACUCCUGCACCAGAGUACAGACACUCAACACCCAGCUACAGGUGGAGCAAGCAUCUCUUAGCUCCCAGCAUGCAGCAGUUGUGGCGCGUUGCAGUGAGAGUGAGGGCCGGUGUGUGGCUCUGGAGGCCGAGUCCAAAGUGUGGGCGCGGGAGCGGGAGGAGUCGGUGGCCAGGAUGGAGGCUCUGAGGCGGGACCACGAGCGGAUGACUGCUCUGCAGCAGCGGCAGGAGGUGGAGCUGGAGGAGCUGCUGGACAAACACUCUCAGCUGAGGAGCAACAACCGCAGCCUGGAGGCCCAGCACAGGGAGCUCGAGGCCAGGUACAAGGAGCUACUGGACGAUAAAACCCACCUGGAGGAGAGAGAGCGGGAGAUGAAGAUGGAGAGAGAGGAGAUGGAAGCAGAUGCCCAGAGGAGACUGGAGAGAGAACGAGAGCUGGAGAGGCUGAAAGAAGACAACGAUAGGCUGCAGGCCCAGCAGAAGGAGGGGUUGGCGUCACAGGCAGAGCUGCUGGCUCAGGGCUCGGAGCUGAGGGGCGAGCUGAGCGCCUCCCAGCUGGAGCGGACACGGCUGGAGGGGGAACUCAGCGGCCUGAGGGAAACCAACCAGAGCCUGGUCCUCACCAGCGCCCGCCUCACCAGCCAGUACCAGCUGUUAACCCAGUUGAAGGGGAACAUGGAGGAGGAGAACCGACAUUUAGCGGAGCAGAACCAGAGUCUGCUGAAGGAGAAUCGGGCCUUACUGGAGCAGAGCCUAGAGCGCCGUGACCAGCACUACUCACAGCAGAGGGAGUACCAGGAGAAGCUGAGUGAGCUUCGUCGGGAGAAGCAGAAAUUGGUGGAGAAGAUUAUGGAUCAGUAUCGAGUCCUCGAGCCCAGCAUGCAACCUCCAGCCAGCAAAGCCAAGAAAUCUAACUGGAUUGCAGACCGGAUGAAGAAGCUAAUCAAACCCCGGGGAGGAGUAAGAGAGGGACGAGCCCUCUUCACCGCCGCGGGCAGUGUGGAAAACAUAGCCGACAGCACUGAAUUUACAUCAGACACGCACACACCUCAUCCCGACCCCCGCAGUGCUCCAGUCUCUCCCUCUCCAAUGAGAAAAGCUCCAUCCCAGACAGACAUCUCGGCUCCUGGGACUCCAGCCAUGCGCUCCAGCUCUGGGGUGCGUCGUAAGCUGGGAUCCCGUCACGGCUGGGGGCUUGGGUUGGCCAGAGGAGGCUCUGGAGUCUCCCAAUCCUUCAGUCCUGGUGACCACAAAACACCACCCCGCUUGCGGCUGCGCUCCAGCCAGAACAACUCCACUGUCCUCUGGGAGGGACAGAGAGGCGAAACAAACACACCCCAGACAGCAGACGCUCCGUUGAGCAGUCAGGAGAGUGUCGAGGAGGAUGAAGGCAGAGACAAUCAACACUCCAGUGACGACACAGCAACAACCUGAGACAGAACUACACUUGACUCUUAAUUAAAGCUUAUGUUUAAUAUUUUUGAUGCAACCUUUUGUAUUCCUGAAUAUUUUUAAAAUGAGAUCCUUUUAGUAUUUUUGAAUACAUGAAUUAAUAAAUCAUUUUGUUAAUCGUU